GGAAGGCGUCAUCUUGUGCUUGGAGUGAUUUCUCAAAUCAUUAAGAUACAAUUGCUCGCAGACCUUAACUUGAAGAAAACCCCCCAGCUGGUGGAGUUGGUCGGUGAUAGCAAGGAUGUGGAAGAGCUGAUGAGUUUACCACCUGAGAAGAUCUUAUUGAGAUGGAUGAAUUUUCAGUUAAGAAAAACUGAAUACAAGAAAACUGUCACAAACUUCUCCUCGGAUGUAAAGGAUGCGGAAGCUUACACUAAUCUAUUAAAUGUCCUGGCACCAGAGCACAAGAAUGCAUCACAUUUUGCAGUUAAAAGCUCAUUUGAGAGAGCAAAGCUUGUUCUCGAACACGCAGACAGAAUGGGAUGCAGGAGAUACUUGACAGCGAAGGAUAUUGUUGAGGGUUCCCCAAAUCUUAAUCUUGCUUUUGUGGCACAUAUAUUCCAGCACAGGAACGGCCUUUCAACACAAACGAAACAGAUAUCUUUUCUGGAAAAUCUAGCUGAUGACAUCCAAAUUUCAAGAGAAGAAAAAGCAUUCCGUUUUUGGAUUAACAGCUUUGAUAGUUUGCUAUACAUAAACAACGUGUUUGAGGAUCUUAGAGAUGGGUGGAUUCUAUUGCAGACACUAGACAAGGUGUCUCCAGGCAUUGUUAAUUGGAAAGUAGCUAGCAAACCACCCAUUAAAUUGCCAUUCAAGAAAGUAGAAAACUGUAAUCAGGUUGUGAAACUAGGGAAGCAGCUCAAGUUCUCUCUGGUUAACAUUGCCGGAAAUGACAUUGUUCAAGGAAACAAGAAGCUCAUACUAGCAUACUUAUGGCAAUUGAUGAGAUACAACAUCCUGCAACUUCUUAAGAACUUGAGAUUCCAUUCCAAUGGCAAAGAAAUAGCAGACGUUGAUAUAUUGGAAUGGGCAAAUGCUAAAGUGAGAAACAAUGGAUGCAAAACACGUAUGUACAGCUUCAGGGAAAAGAGCUUAUCCGAUGGGAUAUUUUUCUUGGAGCUGCUGAGUUCGGUGCAGCCAAGAUCCGUAAACUGGAGUCUUGUUACAAACGGAGUAACGGAUGAAGAGAAAAAGAUGAAUGCAACUUACGUGAUUAGCAUAGCAAGGAAAUUGGGUUGCUCUAUUUUCUUACUCCCUGAAGACAUAAUUGAGGUGAAUCAGAAGAUGAUGCUCACGUUGACGGCGAGUAUAAUGCAUUGGACUCUCAAACAACCUCUUCAUCUUAAUAAGCCUACCGGAUCUCCGGACAACCACUGUGGAAGUCUACUCGACGAUUCUACUUCAGAUUCCUCCAUAGAAUAAAUAUAUGGUUUACGGUGAAAUUAUAUAUUCUUAAGAAUUUUAAUAUGUGAUGUUAUUAAUUAUUUCCGCUCAUUCGUAUUUUUUAUUUUUUUUGGGUGUAAAAACAAUAUUAAAAAUUGAAAUGUCAUCGGCGAAUAUUGACAUA